GAUCCAUCAGACAUGGAAAACGCACCGGCUCGAUAGCACCUCAGAGGAGUGGUUUGCCACUUGGAGCGACAAGAACCCGACCUGCGAGCACAAGCUUUGGAACGACACAGAAGUAGCUGCUCUGGUUCAGAGCACUUCUCCUGAUGUGAUCUGGCCGAUUUGGCAAGGGCUCUUACCAGUCGAGCGGGCUGAUGCAUUCCGCUACCUUGUGCUGUGGGCUUAUGGCGGAUACUAUGCUGACAUCGAUGUGUCGUGCCUUGUGCCUAUUUCAAAAAUGCAGCUUCCCAACGAAACUGACAUGAUCGUGGGCUACGAAACGGGGCGCCACCUGACAGAAGGCGAGCGCGAGAGCGUGCAGUUCGCACGCACGGACCAGUUCGAGCAGUGGUUCUUUGCAUCUGCACCUCGAAAUCCUGUGCUGCUUCGCUGUUUGGAGCUGAUUCGGCAGAAGUUUGGCUGGAGGAUCGAGUCCACAGAAGAGCUGACGGGGCCUGCCACCUUCACAGAUGCCGUGCACGAGUUCUUGCUGACGCACUCGCCAGAUGCUCUUUCCAACUUGAUCGCCGGACGAAGUGCCAGCUCCGGGCGUCUCUUUCCCAGCGAACGCCUGUACACAC